AUGUUGGGGUGGAACCAUGGGGUGGCCAGUCAGAUUUCAAAGGAGGGGGUCAUGAUCCGCCCCUGCUGUACGUGUACAGGGAAAAGGUUAACAGUGUAGCCCCAAGUCAUGAAGGCUUUAUUACUUUAUUAUCUGGAUGAUUUUUUUGUUUGUUUUUAAUGAAGUGAAAUCUAAGUGUAUUAAGUUCAACCCCCGGACACUGUUUUGAUGGGACUCAACCAAAGUCAAAGUAAUAAAGACAAAGUCAUCACAUGGUUCCACGGAUUCAGAAAAUACUGCGCAUUCUCAAUAACUCUGCUUAAAGGUGAAGCCUCUUCAUGUGACCUGUGUUAUGAAACAUCCAUCUAUUGUUUGAGGGCUAAACAAAUAGCACCUCCACUUUCCAGCAUCCCGCUCUGGGCUACAUACCAGCAGUGAAUACCUCUGACAGGUGAUAUGCUCGCUCACACUUCCAGCGGUUUCAUGGCUCACGCUGCGCUUCUGCGGCAGGUUUUCCACUCAUGAUCAUGUUUUAUUGUGGCGUGUUCAGGAAUAUAACGCUUGUGCUCCACUGUAAGUCGACAAGAGAGGGAGAUUUACAGCUGUGUGGUUUUCCAACUGGAGUCCAACUUCUAAAGUGGCUUUACGCACGAGCUCUUUUCCAUCCAGAGCCACAGAUCUGUGCGCUGGGCAGUAAUCUCUGCGCGGUGGGAUGGCGGAGGAAAUACUCAACGAUUCCCUCCCAGAUCUUAAAGAGCUGGAAAAUAAGGUUGGCAGGAAAACACCAGAAAGUCUUUUGAUGUGGAUGAGGGAUGCUGCGGAUCGUGAAGAUGGCUGGAGGUCUGAUGAGGUGGAUAGAAGUGAGAGCAGAAUUAUCCUCAGUGAUAAUUUUUCUGAAAAGAUCAACAACUUGAAACAAGAAAUGAAGUGGCUGCGUUCUGCUGAUGUGAGGAUCCUGAGGCAGCUGGUGGCUGUGCAUGAAGGGAUCGAGGCCAUGCGUUGGCUGAUGGAGGAGCGGGACGCUUUAGUGAGCCGGGGCAGCAGCCUGACAGGCAGCCUGAGCAGCUUAGUGACUGUGGAGGAGCCUGGGCCUUUCAUGUCCCCAUGCAGAGAAAACCUGAGUCCUACUCAGAAUAUGACUGAACCCUUCAGUGAUGAGUGUGCAGAUCACCAACCACUCACUGACCAUGAUGAGUCAAACCACAGGAGCUACUGCAACAUGCUGAGCUCUGAAUCUACUGAAGCAAGGCCUUCAAGUCCUUCCACCUCCACGUUCGAAGAGAUUUGUUUCACACAGAGCAGAAACGAUCAGUUAUCCUCCAGUCCUGCAAACUGUUAUGAUAGUAGCGAUUUAUCAAAACCACAACCAUCGGACUCAAAUGUAGCUUCUUUAAGAAGAUCUAGUGGUGACACCAUCAGGAGAGCUCUGCUCAGGUCAAGCAGGGUAAGAAGAGAAGUGAGAGCAGAUUCUGAUAUUUUUACCAGCAGUGAACAAUCAGAGGAGAAACAGACAGAGCAACAAACUCAGGAGAGUUUCACGGACAAUCGGAACAAUACAGUGGAGGAGGAAGAGAGUGCACCAGAUAAAGAGACAAUGUUGUUGGGCUAUGAUGCUCAGUGGUGCUGGGUGGAGUCACAGGACGACGUUACUUUUCUAUGAUUUUGAUAUAUGACCUUGGUGUGUAGCGAUUUCCUUAAAAGUUAAAUGCCAGUUAUGAAGUGGGAUUCUAAAAGCAUGUUGACACUGAUUAAUGAAUGAUAGUUCAAAAUACAUGAUUGUGACCACUGUUUAUAUUUGACUAUACUCUCUGUCUCUGCUACUGGAAAGGAUUUAUGAUGUUUGAACCUUUUUUUACUUGCCAGUGUAUCUUAUGAAUUUUGAAGGAAAUCCAACAGGAAAUUAUAAUUUAAAGAGAAGCAAAUAUUCUGUCCUAUUUUGUCAGUAUAUUUAAUUUUUUUACACACUGGGCACUCCAGUUUCAAACUUUAGGUUGUCUUAAUCAGUGGGUCUUCUGUCAAUCUUAAGAUUUGUUGAUUUAUUUAAAAAAAAAAAAAAGAUAAUGCAGUUUAUGAUAUUUUAUACUUAUUUCUCAAAUAUUUUCAAGCAUCCUUGAAAAUGUUAAUUAUUGUGAAAGUUAUGCAACAACAAACCCCCAAAGAGCUGUGCUUACAAUGAAUAGAGCUUUUAUUGAUGCGUCUGCUUGUUCCCCAAAAAGACUCAAAAGUAUAAAUGAACCGAAUAAAUGUGUGCAUAUGUGACAGAAGAUGUUGUUGUAUUUCGGACCAUUGUAACACUGAUAUAAAUCUUAAUCAUGACGGCUCUGUGCAGGUUGAAAUAAAGACAUUUAAGCGGG